UAACCUACUGCAGGAAGCAAGAUGAUCUUCUUUUGUUGUAUUCUGAAGAUAAUUUGCUUCAGACAGGAGGUUUUUGGGUUCUUGCUGAAAUUUCGGAGAUCUGGGAAAAUGGGGUAAUAACAUGACACCAGCUCUUAAGCAGCAACAUCUGCUGUGGUUCAAAGCCACACAAAGAAAGCUGCUUAAGCAGUUGAAUGUUUUGGAGUGCACGAACAAGUGUGGUUCAACUGCAAAGACUGCAGAGCAGUGGAAAUUUAACGUUUUGAGAAGUUAAAAUAUGGAGUCGUGGAAGAUGAGCAUCUUUAAGAGACAAACAUCACCGUGUCCUCCAAGCUAUCGAAGAUCUUUGUCAGAACCUGCUUAUGCACAUUCAGAGAUAGGAACAAACUUAAAGAGUUAUCCAUGGUGUGGUCCAGUGAAAAGCAAGAGGAAGAAAAAUGAACAGGCUGUUUCCAACCUGGGAAAGCCACUGGGUGCUUAUCGGUGGCAAACACAUCCCAGCUUUAGGUGGAAAGGGGGCAAAAGGGAGCAAUUGCAAAAUAAUAAAGAAGACUUGGAUGAACCACAACAAGAGGUCCUGCCAAAGAUGGUUGGGGAUAAUGUUUCUUCCUCUGCUAAUGAGGUCCUUGGAACAUCAAUGGAGGAGCAGAACCUGGUCAACACUCAGUCACUUCGGGUUCCAUUCAGCAGAUCUCUUUCAGAGCCAGAACCCCACAGCAGUAUCAGAUUUGUUAGACGGUGGCCAACUUCAGUGGGGUCAGUGGAGUCUGAGCAGCAGGGAUAUUUCAUCCGUGGCAUUUUCUCUACUCUUUCCAAUGGCUUCUCCAGGAUGCUAAGUCUAAAAGGAGAAUCAACCAAUGAACCAGUAAGAGAAGAUGUGAAAGGGCCACCUACCCAUCGUCUGUCUUGUGGCCAGUCACCCUACACCGACACAACAACAUGGGAGCGGAAGUACUGCAUCCUCACAGACAGCCAGCUGGUGUUGCUCAACAAGGAGAAGGAGAUACCUGUGGAGGGAGGACAGGAGCAGCAGACAGAUUCCACCAAAGGGCGAUGCCUGAGGAGAACUGUCAGUGUCCCUUCCGAGGGUCAGUUUCCUGAGUACCCACCAGAGGGCGCCGCUAAACUGGAGGUGCCAGCCGAAAGGUCCCCCCGCAGACGGAGUAUCUCAGGGACCAGUACGUCAGAGAAACCCAACUCUAUGGAUACUGCAAAUACCUCACCCUUCAAAGUACCAGGGUUCUUCAGCAAGCGCCUGAAAGGCUCCAUCAAGAGGACCAAAAGCCAAUCAAAACUUGACCGAAACACAAGCUUUCGGCUUCCCUCGCUUCGCAAUACAGAUGACAGGUCUCGUGGGCUGCCUAAACUAAAAGAGUCACGCUCCCAUGAAUCCUUGCUAAGCCCGUGCAGUGCAGUGGAAUGUCUGGAUCUUGGGAGAGGGGAGCCCGUAUCAGUGAAGCCACUCCAUAGCAGCAUCCUUGGACAAGACUUCUGCUUUGAGGUUACCUACUUAAGUGGAAGCAAAUGCUUCAGCUGUAACUCUGCUUCAGAGAGAGAUAAGUGGAUGGAAAACCUUCGCAGGACAGUUCAACCAAAUAAGGACAAUUGCAGACGAGCUGAAAACGUUCUCCGUUUAUGGAUUAUUGAAGCCAAGGACCUUGCCCCUAAAAAGAAAUAUUUCUGUGAACUGUGCCUUGAUGAUACCCUCUUUGCUCGUACAACCAGCAAGACCAAAGCAGACAAUAUUUUCUGGGGUGAACAUUUUGAGUUCUACAGCCUUCCACCUCUUCAUAGCAUCACAGUUCACAUUUAUAAAGAUGUGGAAAAAAAGAAAAAAAAAGACAAGAAUAAUUAUGUAGGGCUAGUCAACAUCCCCACUGCCAGUGUGACUGGUCGCCAAUUUGUAGAAAAGUGGUACCCAGUGAGUACACCUACACCCAACAAAGGAAAGACAGGCGGACCUUCUAUUCGGAUUAAAUCACGUUUUCAGACUAUCACCAUUCUGCCUAUGGAGCAAUACAAAGAGUUUGCAGAGUUUGUCACCAGCAACUAUACCAUGUUGUGUUCUGUUCUUGAACCGGUAAUUAGCGUGAGAAAUAAAGAAGAGCUGGCCUGUGCCUUAGUGCACAUUCUUCAAAGUACUGGCAGAGCCAAGGAUUUUCUGACGGACUUGGUGAUGUCUGAGGUGGAUCGUUGUGGAGAGCAUGAUGUCUUGAUCUUCAGAGAGAACACCAUUGCCACCAAAUCCAUUGAGGAAUACCUCAAGUUGGUGGGACAACAGUAUCUUCAUGAUGCAUUGGGGGAGUUCAUCAAAGCUUUGUAUGAGUCAGAUGAAAACUGUGAAGUGGAUCCCAGCAAAUGUUCAUCCAGUGAACUGAUAGACCAUCAGAGCAACCUGAAAAUGUGCUGUGAACUGGCUUUCUGCAAGAUCAUCAACUCUUACUGUGUUUUCCCUCGUGAGUUGAAAGAAGUGUUUGCAUCCUGGAAGCAGCAGUGCCUGAACCGUGGCAAGCAAGACAUCAGCGAGCGGCUCAUCAGUGCCUCGUUGUUUCUCCGUUUCCUGUGCCCGGCCAUCAUGUCUCCCAGUCUCUUCAACCUCAUGCAGGAGUAUCCCGAUGACCGCACAUCUCGGACUCUAACUCUAAUUGCCAAGGUCAUCCAGAACCUGGCCAACUUUGCCAAAUUUGGUAACAAAGAGGAAUACAUGGCAUUCAUGAAUGAUUUUUUAGAACACGAAUGGGGUGGAAUGAAGCGCUUUCUUUUGGAGAUCUCUAAUCCAGACACCAUCUCAAACACCCCAGGCUUUGAUGGUUACAUUGAUCUGGGCCGAGAGCUUUCAGUUUUGCAUUCCUUAUUAUGGGAAGUAGUUUCCCAACUUGAUAAGGGUGAAAAUUCCUUCCUACAGGCGACCGUGGCAAAAUUGGGACCUCUCCCUCGUGUUCUUGCUGAUAUUACCAAAUCUCUGACUAAUCCUACACCAAUACAACAGCAGCUGAGACGCUUCACUGAGCAUAACUCCAGUCCAAAUGUCAGUGGAAGCCUUUCCUCUGGGCUGCAGAAAAUAUUUGAAGACCCUACUGACAGUGAUUUGCAUAAACUAAAAUCUCCAAGCCAGGACAACACAGAUAGCUAUUUCAAGGGGAAAACGUUAUUGCUGGUUCAGCAAGCCUCCUCCCAGAGCAUGACAUACUCUGAAAAGGAUGAAAAGGAAAGUAGCCUUCCUAACGGCCGAAGCAUCUCGCUCAUGGACCUUCAGGACACUCACGCUGCCCAAGUGGAGCAUGCGUCUGUCAUGCUUGAUGUGCCUAUGCGCUUGACCGGAAGCCAGCUUUCCAUAACCCAGGUGGCCAGCAUCAAACAACUGCGGGAAACCCAGAGCACUCCCCAGAGUGCACCCCAAGUGCGAAGGCCCCUGCAUCCAGCCUUGAACCAACCAGGCAGCCUCCAGCCCUUGUCAUUCCAGAACCCUGUCUAUCACCUCAAUAACCCGAUUCCAGCAAUGCCAAAGGCCUCUGUGGAUUCCAGUUUGGAGAACCUGAGCACUGCCAGUUCCAGGAGCCAAAGUAACAGUGAAGACUUCAAACUCAGUGGACCCAGCAAUAGCAGCAUGGAAGAUUUCACCAAACGUAGCACUCAGAGUGAGGACUUCUCCAGGCGGCACACUGUGCCAGAAAGACACAUACCUCUUGCUCUGCCGCGGCAGAAUAGCACGGGGCAGGCCCAGAUCCGCAAAAUGGACCAGGCUGGGCUAGGUGCCCGAGCGAAAGCCCCACCAUCCCUGCCACACAGCGCUUCUCUCCGUAGCACCGGGAGCAUGUCGGUGGCAUCUGCAGCUCUGGUGGCCGAACCUGUGCAAAAUGGGAGCCGGUCCCGGCAGCAGUCCUCUUCCUCCAGAGAGAGCCCUGUUCCCAAAGUGAGAGCGAUCCAGAGACAGCAGACACAGCAGGUUCAGUCACCUGUGGACUCUGCCACAAUGUCCCCAGUGGAGAGGACAGCAGCCUGGGUUCUGAACAAUGGGCAAUAUGAAGAGGAUGUGGAAGAAACCGAGCAAAAUCAAGAUGAAGCCAAGCAUGCUGAGAAGUACGAACAGGAAAUCACUAAACUGAAGGAGCGCCUGCGAGUGUCCAGCCGGCGGCUGGAGGAGUAUGAGCGCCGGUUGCUGGUGCAGGAGCAGCAGAUGCAGAAGCUGCUGCUGGAGUACAAGGCCCGGCUGGAAGACAGCGAGGAGCGGCUGCGCAGGCAGCAGGAGGAGAAGGACAGCCAGAUGAAGAGCAUCAUCAGCAGGCUAAUGGCUGUGGAAGAGGAACUGAAGAAGGAUCACGCUGAGAUGCAAGCAGUUAUUGAUGCAAAGCAAAAAAUAAUUGAUGCACAGGAAAAACGGAUCGUGUCGCUGGAUUCCGCCAACACCAGACUGAUGAGCGCACUGACCCAAGUGAAGGAGCGGUACAGCAUGCAGGUCCGCAAUGGCAUCUCCCCCACCAACCCCACCAAGCUUUCCAUCACGGAGAAUGGUGAAUUCAAAAACAGCAGCUGCUGACGGGGCUUUGUGAAUAGACAGACUGUGGGAGGAGACAGAAGGAAAUGUCCGGCUCUCCUAUCCCCAGCCCUCUCCCCAGCCCCACCAGGUUUACAGAAUGUUGCUACUUCAGAACAGCAGGGUGGCGAGAAACUCUCCAAUGAAGAAAGGAACCUUGUCUUUCAGGGCAUAAGGCUAAGACUUCCAAGGUCAACGCUUUCUCCCCUGUCUCUGUGUACAUAGGGAACUUAGUUCUGGGCCAUGUACAGAAAAUACCACUGUAAUAUACCCAAAGGAAGUUAAUAAUGUAGGUUACCUUUUUAAUUAUUGCUAUUUUUAUUAUUGUUGUCCUCUUGUUGAAAGCACUGCAGUUAGAGGAGGCAAAGUAGGAACUACAUGUGAAUGAGAGAUAAGCCCGGCAACUCAGUAGGUAGAGACCACGUCUCUGUCUGAUAGAGCACACGGACUGCUAUAGGACAUUAUCGGACCGCUAUAGGACAUUAUCAGAAUGAAUUUUUCAGGGAUUCAUCUGCUAGUUUAAAAACCCCACUCUGGUUCCCUUGUCCUUUAGGAAAACAUGCAAAUACCAACAUGCAAACAAAACAGUUUAUCCCAUUGAUCAACCAAGACUGGUUCUGGACGGACUGCUAAUCUGAUUUGGGGAGACACUGUUCCAGAGGACACAGAUAAGAGCUGUUGUAUCAAAACUGGACUUUAGGAGUGAUUUCUAUUGAACUCCUGUUGCUGUUUAUUUCCUUCUGUCUGUAGCAGGUGGGAAUUUUCCAUUUUAGAUAGGGGGCUUUUUUUUUUUUAACCCCAGUUGUAAUAAAGGGUGUUCUUUUUCCUCUUAAGAGUUUACAAAACUAUAAAUAUUUGUGUCUCUAUAAACCAUCUUCAUCUUCACACACCCACUUGCCCUUUGCUCCCUCAUAGUGGGAGCAGUCAUCACCAACAGGGUUUACUCUCCCCUGGAGAGAUUAUUCAGAUACGCUAUCUGUAAGCCAUCUGAAAUACACUCCCUUUCUUCCGUACAGAAAAGGGCUAAUCAUACCAUACCAUAGCAGGAAACUCUGAAUAUUUCCUAUUAAAUUUUUUUUCUAUUUGUAAGUUGUAAUUUUGGUUUGGGAUAAAGAUUUUAUCCAGUGUACUAGCAGAUCUCUGGGCAGGGUAAUUUUAUCUCAGCAUUUAACUUUUAAAUUGCUUCUUCCUGUCUCUCUAAUCCCCUCAGUAAAAUUUGGAAAAGCAAUCCAGAUCUGAAGCAUUGCUCCCUUUAAAGUCGUGAUUACUCUUAAUGAAAAAUAAAGUACUGAAAGUGGGAGGACAGCACGUUCCAGCUGUUAUUCCCAUGCUCUUUGUAGAUUUGGCAAUAAUAACCAAGGUUCACUAGUUGUCAUCGUUGGCUUUAUUGUAGGACAGAAAGUCAUGGAAGCUAAUUUACUUCCUUUUUUCUGGAGGUGUGAAAUGUCAUCUUGAAUGCAACCUUGAUUAUCAGAAGUAUGGAAUGUUACAAGUUAGACAUUAUAUAUACAAGUAUACUUACACAUAUAUUCACACAUAUGUACGUAUAACUGCACAAAUAGGAAACGUUCCUACCUUCUGUGCUGUCCGAUAUAACGUUAAAAGGGGUUAGAAUCUCUUUAAGCAAGAUCUAAGCAAUUGUU